UCACCGAAAUAAGCAAGCUGAUCGCUCGCGUCCUCUUCGCAUUGCUUUCGGUACCACUUAUAAUCAGACUCAAUUUUUGCCUCGAGACCUGCGCUUCUACCUCUUGUCUAUAUUCUCUUCGAUAUAGCUUCGUGACAGCUCUUAUCUGUACAGCACAUGACAUAACCCGAAAAUGAGUCACGUAGUCGUAAUUAGGCCCUUCAAGGAUGGCGAUGAAUACACUUGCUGCGACUUGGCCAAAGAAGGCGUCAUGUCAUCUUUGAACAGUACAAUGAUUGGAAAUGUUUGUCGAGAAUUGACAUUCCAGUUGAUGAUCUUGUUUGCUGCAUUGAUGUUCAUAUUUUUAAGUGUUCCAUUUACCUUGUGUGCCCUCGUAAUACCAGCCGUAGUGCUUUUGAUAAUGACUUGUACUUACAUAGCUUUUACUGUUAAAUGUUCAGAAGUCCAGCAAGAAAUAAGAAAUGCCUCAAGAAUUUACAUGUCCAAUGCAUUCUCCUGUUUUUGGAUAGCAGAGGUAUACGAACCUUACACAAUGACUCGUAAACCAGCUGACUUUCACUAUACCAUUAUGCCAGAAAAAGAAUUUAAGGCUCGCAACAUUGAUGUUUCUUCUCAACGCAAGAAAAUUGUUGGCUGCAUUGGAUUAUUGAAAAGUCAUAGGCUGGACAAAGGAGCUUGGCUAAAACGCCUUUUUGUACAACAAAGUUAUCAACGUAAAGGUAUAGCAUCUGCUUUAUUGCAAGCAGCUAUUGACUUUGCAAAUGAGCAAGGUUAUAGCUGUGUCAAUCUUGUAGCAUCGGAGUACAAUGAAGGUGGUAAAACAUUGUGUCUCAAAAAAAAGUUUGAAUUAUUUCACAUGUACCACAAACGAAUUCUUGGUUCAGUCAUGUCCAUCUCAAUGUAUGAAUUAAGUUAUCGUAUCAAACCUGAUGGUGAAGAUUACAUGACAAAUUAUUCCAGAAAACGAUUAUAUGUUAGUGACUAAUAUCAUCUUUUUUUGAG